AUGGGCUUACGUGAUGCAAAAGAUGGGUAUAAAAGCUCAAUUUGGCUUCGUUUCAGCUACCAGUCUGUUUUCAACCUCACGAUACUAAGCAUCAUCAGCAUGGCGCCGAAAGGAAGUGAAAAAUCGAACAAGAGAUCUAGCGGAAAGGCCCAGAUAAGCAUUUCCAAAAGUGACAAGAAGAAGAGGAAGCCUCGCCGGAAGGAAAGCUAUGCCAUCUACAUCUACAAGGUGAUGAAGCAGGUCCAUCCGGAUACGGGAAUAUCGUCCAAGGCUAUGAGCAUCAUGAAUAGUUUUGUGAACGAUGUCUUCGAGCGCAUCGCCAACGAGGCAUCUCGCCUGUCGCAGUACAACAAGCGAUCGACGAUCACUUCCCGGGAAAUCCAGACCGCCGUUCGUUUGCUGCUGCCGGGGGAACUGGCCAAACAUGCCGUCUCAGAGGGAACGAAAGCCGUCACCAAAUACACCAGCACUAAGUAAAAUACAAGCUCAUCGGCAUAUCACUCUCGGCGGAAAACAAAAGGCCCUUUUCAGGGCCGCAAUUUGAUUGGAAAAGAGUUGAAAAAUAGUUUUCGUUUUACAACUGUUCGUGAUUACUAUAAAUUACACUUUCCAGCGAUAUUCAUCUUCAAUAGCACAUUGUUUUAUAGAACAUUGAAUAUUGUCAUUGUCAUAUUGUCAUCAACAGUAGAGGCUUUGUGUCAAUCAAUCUUUUCAUAUGAGCUUCAUCAAUACACCAAACAAUGAAUCUAAGAAGGUUGAUAUAGAAUUUAAAAAUUUCACAAUCUGGAUUUCAUAUUAGGCGUUCCGAAGCGUUUGUAAAAUACUCUUUGAACAUGCAGGAUAUUUGUUCUCUAUAUAUACAUGAUCAACAUUCCCAAUGCAUUCAUAUAUG